AUGCAUACUGUCGAGGAUUCUCUCAAGGCAGGUGCUUUUGAGCAUCAGCCAACUCCAACAAUUGUGCUUUCUGCUGACCGAAACGUUGUUUCAAUCAAUCGCGCUUGCCAGCGCCUAUUUGAUCACCCGUAUGCAUUCGUUGGCAGGAGUGUGCUGGAUCUCCCUAUACGGUGGCAGGAUGGCACAGAAACCGCCUUUCAUGAACAUUUGACACUACGACAGCCCAAUGGUGGUAAUAUUCCCAUUUAUCAUGAGAAUGCUGGAUCUAGUUCGGUAAUGCUCAGACUACGAGUCGAGCUGGUCAAGCACACCGAUCAGACGCUGAUCACUGCCAGAAUGGCCGUCGUCGAUUUUGAGGUAUCGGGUGCUGUUCAUCGGAUGUUAUCCUUCGAGAAUAUUGAAGAGACACACGUUGUGCAGGCUCGUAUGCGCAGGAGUGGUAUUGGGCGUCAGAACAGCUCGCAUAUCGACGCUCUAUCAUCUUCUGCAACGCGGCGAAAAACUCAUACUUCCAGCAGGGCUGGCUCUUACGCCACAGCUGAAGAGCACCUUGAGUCUAAAUUUGCACAGUUACGUGACGCCAUAUACUUCAGCACCAAUGAUAAACGCGCUGGCUUCUUGCUCUCUGCUGAUGAAACGUUCUGCUACCCGAGUGUCUUCACGGGAGAAGACCCUGUUACACCUGUGGAGAUUGAUGACUUCGAGUUAUUCUUCGAGGGAUGGGAGAUGUUCGAUGCGCAUUUUACGAAGAAGAUAUCGGUAGAAGAUUAUCCUGUACCCUGGCUCAGUAAGAAUCGCACGCCGUUCCGCAACAAGAGGUACGGCAUCAAGGAAGCUGGCAAAGAUCUUGUCAUCGAAGUUGAAGGACAACCUCUAUACAACAGAGAAAAGACAGAGUAUAUUGGCUGCGUGGUGUGGGUUACAACGCUUGGAGAGUAUGCUGAUGUUGUGGCUGCCGAUCUGCAAGCUUCACUGUUGGAUUUUCGAACAAUUUGCGACCGCUUGCCUCAUCUCUUGUGGACAGUCGAUGUCGAGGGAAAAGCCAAUUACUUUUCACAGAGUUGGUACGAUUGGACAGGUUUAACAGAAGAAGAGUCGAUGGGUCUUGCAUACACUUCCAUUAUAGAUGACGAGCAUACGAAGACAAUGUUCACGGAUUUUGCAGUUGCCGUGGAAUGCAAGUCGGAUUUCCGUUGCGAAUCCAGGUAUCGCAGGAAAGAUGGGCAGUAUAGAUGGAUGUCCGUUCGCUCAAGACCACUCCUCGACAGCAAUGGAAAGGUACUCAAAUUCUAUGGCACCUUAACUGAGGUUCAUGAUAUCGUGGUCGCACGAUUGGAAGCAGAAAGGAAGAAGGCUCAACUGAUGGCUAUUCUUUCACAUGCGGAGAUCGGAUUGUUUGAGGUUACCGUCGAGGACAAUCUACGAGUACUCGAGGGCAAACUGGGUUGGAUUGACGAACACAAUACGAGCCUACCAAUUACAAAGCUGGAGGAAGCACAAGGUCAAGGAGUUACUAUUCUCAAGAAUAAUCUGCAGAGUAUCAUGCACACAGACAAAUCAUCUGCGGUAUUUGAAGGACAGAUUGGGUCACGGUGGUACAAAUUUCGUCUUGUCGGCGAUGGCGAGCUUGGAGACGACCUGGUUCGACCCAGAAAAGUUCUUGGUUGUUCAGUUGAUGUCACUGAGCAGCAUGAAAGGGCGAACCUCGAGGCGGAAAAUGCUCGCCUCAGCGCAGAAACAUCUUUGGAAACGGAACGAAAUCGAUUAAAGACUGCCUUUCUUGCACAUGUUUCACACGAAGUGCGUACACCAAUAGCAGGAAUUAUUGGCACUGCCGAUGUACUAGCUGAGUCGAACCUCAACAGUGACCAAAUGGAUAGCUUAGCAGACAUACGGACAUCCGCGAAUAAUCUGCUUGCCAUCGUCAAUGAUAUCCUCGAUCAUUCCAAGAUUGAGGCGGGCGAAUUGCAGAUGGAGAAACUUCCUUUCGAUGUGAACGAGCUGAUCGCACAAGUGAGGAAAUUGUUUUCAUUCACUGCUCGAGCCAAAUCUAUCCAGCUUUUUUGUCGCGUGCCAGGAACAAUAGAGAUGCUUAGUGAUCCGAACAGGGUGACACAAAUAGUGACGAAUCUGAUCUCGAACGCGCUCAAGUUCACUACAAAAGGCUCGAUAACUAUUUCCGCCGAACAGCAAGGCGCCAACGCUCGAAUAAUAGUUGAAGAUACUGGGGAGGGAAUUGACGCACAAACCAUGGGGACUCUCUUCAGACCUUUCGUUCAAGGUGAUGCAUCAACCGCUCGUCGACAUGGUGGGACAGGACUCGGCUUGACAAUCAGUCGCAACCUCGCGCAAAGAAUGGGAGGUACGCUGGUACUUGAAUCGACGCCAUCCGUUGGCACGAAAGCUAUCUUAACACUGCCCAAAGAAAUGGGCUUCACCGAACCUACAAGAUCGAAUGGAUCGGAAUCUAAACAGUCACCGACGAAGAAAGUUGCGAUAGACAUGACUGGAGCUUCGCAAAUGGCACUCGCAGCAAGCCACGUCCAUUUACCCACCGAAUCCGCUUCGGCGACGAGGCAGCCAUCGCCUGCACGUGGACAUCAUAAUCAGUAUCACGUGCUCGUCGUCGAAGACAACGCCAUUAACCAAAAGAUCGCCAUUAACCUAGUCAAGAAGCUCGGGUACAUAACCCAAGCAGCCUGGAACGGCCAGGAAGCACUUGAUAUACUAGAGCACCUCACGCCCACGGACUCGUCAGCACCAUCGAUAAUACUUAUGGAUUGUCAGAUGCCGCUCCUGGACGGCUACGAGGCGACACGAAGAUUAAGGACCGACGCUAAGUAUGAGAAGAUGAAGGAUACUCCCGUGAUUGCGUUGACUGCGAGCGCUAUACAAGGCGAUCGAGAGAAAUGUCAGGCUGCUGGGAUGGAUGACUAUUUGAGUAAGCCAGUCAAUAAGGCGUUGCUGAAGGCGAUGCUGGAGAAGUGGAUACCAACUCGGAAUGGGACCUGA